GUUUAAGCAUGGUACCUUGCAAGCUGCCAAAGCCACAACAACGUGAGCGUUGAGCACUUCGUAAACAAUCAAGUUGGCAAACUCAUAUGAUGUGUGUUCAAGAAAUCGUCAUGGAAGAAAACAUUGUUAUAGAAAAAUAAGCUUUGGAAAUCAUUUACAUCGAGCACCCAACCAAAGAGCAAUGGCUUUUAUCAAUUAUCGAGCCUCUUACACAAUCGUCAUUCUGUUGGUGCUUCUACUUCUCAUUCGAUGGUAUUCCGUCGAUCGAUCCACCUCAUUAAGUUUUCCAAACAAAUAUCAACGGGACCCUCGUCCCUCACCGGGUUAUCUGCAACGUACCGGAGCUCAAGAACUUUCCAACUUUGAAGAUAUUGAACCCUACCCAAAAUGUACCCAUGUGCUGACUCUUCUUCCCGGAGGUCGAUGGGCUAACACGGUUAUGGAAUAUGGGUCAUUGUACGGGGUGAUUAAAGACCAUGAAGGCUUUCGCAUCAAGCCUGUUCUGAAUGAUGAAAUGAAGACGAAUUUGACGGAAGUGUUUCCCAACUUAAGCAUCCCCUCAUUCUCCGAGAUGGGAUGCAGUGAUAAAGAUCUGCCAUUUGUCACCACCGAACAAGUGAAGGCAGGGUUCCUCAAGGAGAAAUGGGAACAUCCCAUUCUGUCAUUGCCAAAGUAUUGGUUAAGGGAUAAAUACUUCAUCCCUGCCAUUGAUGAUUUGAAGCAAAAUGAGUUCCAAUUUCAUCCCAGACUAGUCCAAUAUGUAGAAAGAGGUCUUCAGAGUGCAAAAGAAGAUUUUCUUAAAACCCGUCCAGGGUUGGAUCAAGUCAUUUUUGUUGGCCUUCAUGUCAGAAGAACAGAUUACGCUCGUUAUAUUAAGAAGCACAAUGGGACCGCAGUUACGGAACACUACUUCUACAAAGCCAUGAAAAUGGUGAGGGAUAAGUUUGGACCGUCGGUGGUAUUUGUGUCGGCAACCGAUGAUCCAAAAUGGACAAAAUCCAAGUUCUCCAAGUUUCCUGAUGUUUAUUUUUCUUCCAAAAUGCAAAUGGGCAAAAUCGAUCCGGUUCACUUUGAUUUUGCUCUACUAUCCCAUUGCAACCAUUCAAUUUUCAGUUAUGGAACCUUUGGAUAUAUGACCUCGAUCUUAGCUGGCGGCCAUGUUAUUGCCGCUAAUUCUUACACCGUGGAUAAAUUUUAUGCCAUUAAUUAUGCCCGAUCUGAACGAGGCCAAAACUGGACAAUCAUGAAGGAUCCAACCAUGAAAAUAUCACUGACCAACAUGAAUCAUUUCAUUGGCCAUUAGUCCCCUCAUAGUCAACGGCAUUCAUGACACCUGGAGGGAGCAUUAAGAGUUUCUACAAAUGUUGUAAAAAGCCAGUGGGA